AUGAACGCCGAGAUCUGCAGUCCAUACGGCGACAUGACCUCCAUGGAUUCAUUUUAUAGUCCUUCUGCAGCACAAAGUCGGGACGAGCAGACGGACCACUUCAGGACGUUCCCAUCGGCUGACACCAAAUACAGCCCCACUGCGUUCGUGCAGGCCCACAAAGGUCACGCGUACGGAGACAAGCCGCGGAGCCCGUUCCAGCAGGAGUGCCACUCAUUGGACGCCGGUCACGCUGCUUUCAGCAAAUUCCAUCUCUUCACGCACAGGUCCUCCUGCAAAACACCCCCAGAGGAAAGUGAGGGGCACCGGGAGGGCGGUCACGACGCAGAGAUCAUCCCCUGCUAUGGUAAAGACAGUUCAAAUCUGACAGAUUCUGACUUGACUCCACUCGCCGACCAUCCAACAAUGGACGCCAGCUACCAAGCUGUGAAGGAUCAGGGCAUCAACGCAACAUCUGAUCGGCCACCGGGUGCUGAUUUAGCGAUCCCCCAUGACAAAAGUGAUGGCAGUGAGAGCAACAAGGGCAAGAAGAGGCGCAAUCGCACCACCUUCACCAGCUACCAGCUGGAAGAGCUGGAGAAGGUCUUUCAGAAGACGCACUAUCCAGAUGUUUACGCUCGUGAGCAGCUGGCACUACGGACGGACCUGACUGAAGCGCGUGUGCAGGUGUGGUUCCAGAACCGGCGGGCCAAAUGGAGAAAGAGGGAGCGUUUUGGUCAGAUGCAGCAGGUUCGAACGCACUUCUCCACGGCUUACGAGCUGCCACUGCUGACACGUCCCGAGAGUUACGCACAGAUACAGAAUCCAUCCUGGAUUAGCGGCAGCAGUGCAGCGUCACCCGUGCCAGGCUGCGUGGUGCCCUGUGACACGGUGACGUCCUGCAUGACUCCUCACCCCCACUCGGCCAGCGGGGUGUCCGAGUUCCUGGGUGUUCCGAGCCCCGGAGGUCACAUGGGCCAGGCUCACAUGGGCGGCCUCUUUGGAGGAUCCCCCGGCAUGGCGACGGGGCUCAACGCCUACGACCUCAACAUGGACCCUGACCGCAAGUCCUCCAGCAUCGCCUCUCUGCGCAUGAAGGCCAAAGAGCAUAGUGCCGCCAUAUCUUGGGCCUCAUGAUGUGCGGAUACCUGCUGAAGGGGACCGUCUUUAUCUCCCCUCUGAUGUCCGAGCCAAGCCGGUGUGGGGUGAAGGCACGCAAAUGUAAAUCUCCAAGCAACAGUGACUACCUUCAUUCAGGCUACAGAAAAAAAUGCAAAUGAUGAAGCAAUUUUGAAAGACAGCCCCCAAAGUCGAUGAGUGGCCUUGGUGGAGUGGGAGAUGACUUUGUGUGGUUAGAGUGCAGUAUUGGUGAUGCUUUAUUGAUUUCAAACUAAUUCAUGCACUUAUUUGCUAAAAUACAAGGUUUGUUUGUACAGUGCUUUCAGUGAUUUCAGGUGCUCUUUUAUUCUAACUUUAUUAUUUAAAAAAUUUAAGUUGUUUUUUUGUGCUGGAUUUGCUUUAAAAUCAAACAUCUUUACAGGCUAAAAUUCAAAUGUUAUUUUAUUUAUAGUAGUAGCUACAAAUCAGCUCCCUUCAGCAUUGAUUUAAAUGAUUUGAAAUAAUAACCAAGUGUGUAUUUCAGAGAUUAUCAUCUGUUCCCGCUACCAGAAACAUCUGUUGGCUGUUGUGUUCGCGGAGCCUGCACCCAAACAAUGCAAGCUCUGUUUCUAUGUGGCAGUUUUUCAUUUUAAGAAUCAGUAGUGUCAAGAAAAGAAGUGCCUACAUGUCACUCAGACUGACAUCAAUAAUAACAUAACACCAACCAUCUUUGAGAAGAGAAUCUGGUGAAGAUUUAAAAAAAAAACAACAAAAAAAACCGACAAGAAAUACUUAAAAGUGAUGUUCUUUUUCACACAAAGCUGAAGUGUACAGCAGUCAAAAGUCAGUGUUAAAGAUUUACGUGUUACAGCUUUAAAUGUUAUGGUACUUUCAUUCUUUUUUUUUUUUUUCUUUGGACUGAAAUGCAAAGAAACUGAGCUUCGGAGCUCUCAUACAAUCAGGUUCUUCCACAGCAAAUUCAGCCAAGCGGGCCUUAUGGAGUUUGCCUUGCCGAAAUCAGCAUUGCCCAAUCUGUUUCCAAUCCAUACAGCUGGAAGCAUACAAAUUGUUCAACCAAUGUCUUUGUAAUGGUUAAUCCUUGUCUAUGAGGUGUGCCUCAGUGUAUACGGUCAAGUUGGUGUGUCAGAGCAGCUCUCUUCCAUGCUUGUUAAUAGCAGCCUCUGCUCCUUGUUUACUUUCAUCCAACAUGGAUGCGCUCAUGUCCACUGUGGGACAUUUUAUUAUUCCCCCUGAUGCCUGAGGACAAAAAUAGCAGAUGACGUUUACACUGCUAAAUUCCUAACACGAUGUCAGGUACGUUCCUUUGUUCGCGAGGGCCUCGGUUAGGCUGAUAGCCUAACCAAGGUUGCAUGGUACCAAAGCAUGAAGCUGAUAUCUUGUAGAGGAGUUUUGGGCACAGUAACCGUUGAUAAUCCCCUAAAUAGGAACCACAUUCACAGACCUUCUCAGCAGGUGAAAGAAGUAUAGUGCAGGCUAUAAUCUGUCAGCAGAGCACAUCACACUGGACGUGUCCAAAAUUACAUCCAGUUUUACCCCUUGGUCCAAAUCCAAGGCAUAUGCAGGACAUAAUCUAGACUGUAUAGUCCAUAUAUCAAAAGUGAGAGGAUUGUCUUGGAUAUGUAGACAUGGGGGCCCCCUUUACUUGCUGGGGGCUUGGGUGGAGGGUUUCUGCUGUGUUCCGGUGUUCUGGGAAAAGGACAGUGCACACAGCUGUGCUCAGGGGCUAAAUGCAAAACAAACAUGCCUCACACAUGCUUCCCCCUCAGCUGUCAUGUCUCUCCUUUCAAAGACCCCCCCCCCCCCUAAAGUUGAUGCUCUUCGCUUGGCCCUUUGCACAAUGUGUCCACCGGUCCGACUGCAGCCCCCGUCGCAGAGCUCUCUGGCUCAGGGUCGAGGCGCAGCCAACCCAGGAAGGAUUUUUAAUUAACACUGAGCCCUGGGGAGCCUGCAGGAUUGUGUUUCAGGAUAGACACACUCGACUGUCUUUGGGCUGCAGUGUCCACACAGACUAUGUGGACAUACAGUUACAGUAUGUUAUAAUACAUACCCAUGUUUACAGCUAUGCUUUGUUCAAUUUGGAUCAACACAUCUCUGCUGACAUCUUCCUCUUUUCUACAAGAUAGGCUGUCUUUAUCCUCCAGAAGGAAUAUGCAACAUGAGUUGAUGCCAUGGCCUCAGCUGGUCUCCCUUUUUAAUACUACUGAAGUCAUGCUAUCAGUACAAGAGUAUUUGUAUCAUGUGUUUUAAUGUGUGCAUGUAAAUGUUCUAAGACUCUUGGAGAUGAUCCAGUCUUGUGUUUUUUUUUGUUUUUUUUUUAAAUCAAGCAUUUUUUGUUCUUUCCCCCACUAUACUGUAUGUGUAAUUGUUGUACCUUGAAGCUAUGACUUGUGUGAUAUUUUUGUGUGAUUAAAGUA